UGAUAGUUUUAAGGGAUCCGUUAGCUUCCCUUUUUCCUGUCACGGUGGAAGGUUAACGGUCAAAUCUGGCCACGUGGAACCGUAUGGUUUUCGAAUCUGCUUCCGUGGCGAUUCGAAUUUGAAAAAUCGGUUUCCGACAGUUAUAAUCCCCACCUCACCUCCUCCUCUCCGUCGUCCUACCAAAACGCCAUCGUGUACUUCCGUUGCUCGCUCGUCCCUCCCACCCGGCCAUGGCAGCGGUCGCUCACAAGAAGGGAAGGAGCCGGAAGGCGCUGAAGAACUUCUCGCCGAGCGACAUCAACAUCUCUGCCGGCGAAUCCUCGUCCCCGCUUGGCGAAGUCGCCAAGGAGAGCCAACAAGGCGUCUCCCUGCUCGUCUCGCCGAAGAAGUCCAGGAAAGCCCCUUACAAGCCGAGGUCAUCGGCAGCAGCCGAUGAGUCCUUCGCGGACGAGUUGCAAGAACUGCAUGGGAGGCUGCAGCAGCUCCGGCUGGAGAAGGAGAAGACGGAGGAGCUCCUGAAGCAACGCGACGAGAUGCUGAAGCGGAAGGACGAGGAGAUCGAGAACCGCGGCAAGGAACAGCAGCGGCUGCAGGAGGAGCUCAAGAAGCUCCAGAAACUGAAGGAGUUCAAGCCGACGAUGAGCUUUCUCCUUGUCAAGUCUCUGAGAGAGGAAGGUCAAGAAAAGAUUGAUAAGAAGAAGAAAAACAAGGACAAGACCCGCGGCUAGAAGAUCAAGAAGCCGUUGCCUGCGUACAUCGCAUGGUGCAAAGAUCAGUGGAAUGAGGUGAAGAAAGCCAACCCUGAUGCUGACUUCAAAGAGAAAUCCAAUGUGCUGGGAGCGAAAUGGAAGGCGCUGAGCGCCGAAGAGAAGAAACCCUACGAAUACAAGUACCAGCGGGAGAAGGAGGCCUACUUGCAGGUGAUGAGGCGGAAGAAGCGUGAGAUCGACACGAUGAAGCUCCUGGAGGAAGAGCAGUUGCAGAAGACAGUCAUGGAGUUGCUGCAGCAGUACCUGCAGUUCAAACAGGAAACUGACAAAGAGGGCAAGAGGACGAGGAAAGAGAAGGAUCCUUUGAAGCCAAAGCAUCCGAUGUCAGCUUUCUUCUUGUUCUCGAAAGAACGGCGUGAAGCUCUGCUACGAGAGAACAAGAAUGUUCUUGAGAUCUCUAAGAUAUCAGGAGAGGAAUGGAAGAACAUGGCAGGAGAGCAGAAAGCACCCUACGAGGAGGAACCGACUCAUGGAAGAACGACCGGGCAUCGCCUAUUCUACCUUGAACGCUAUGGUCUCAGUGAAAUGGAAGGCCACGCAACCCGCGGUAGAUGCAGUUGCUUCUUCCGUCACCGUCCGCUUCCCAACAAUGCACUUGAAAGUCCAUGCGGAGUCCAACAGGGUACACAGACACCGAGCUUAGAAGAUGAUGGAUAUCGAGGACCACA